UGUGACGUAUGAAUUAGUAUUAGUGAAUUUGUUUGUGUUGAUUAUUUAUUUUGAUAAACGAUUUUCGAUUACGAUUUCCUUUUUAUAUUUUCGGUUCUUGUCAACAUCCGAAAAAAUUCGAAUUACGAAAACGAAAGACUAUAUAGGUUCAUGAUUUAACAGAAUCAUUUUGAGGAGUUACCAAUAAUUUUAACACCAACAAACAGACAAAAUGGGGCGCAGGAAAUCAAAAAGGAAACCAGCUCCCAGAAGAAAGAAUAUUGAACCACUGGAUAUACAAUUCAACUGUCCCUUUUGUAAUCAUGAAAAAUCUUGUGAUGUCAAGAUGGAUAAGGGACGAAGUACAGCUAGAAUAACAUGCAGAGUUUGCUUGGAAGAUUUUCAGACAACGAUAAAUUUCUUAUCAGAGCCUAUAGAUGUCUAUAAUGACUGGAUAGAUGCAUGUGAAACUGCAAAUUAGUUUAUAAUAUAUGUCAGUGCAUACAGUGUUUUUAUUACUGUACAGUGUAUGAUGUUAAAAUGAGUAUUAUACCUAGGUAGGUAUAUUUAUUACAGAAAUGACUAUAAUAAGUGUGAAGUUUUCAUUCACAUUCAAGAAUACUUAUACAAUUUUAUAAGUUUAAUGGGAAAUGUUGAAGAAAUCACAGAAAUAACCUUCUGCUUUUUGAAUGUACUUAUUCAAAAUUUAGUACAAUUGGUAAUGUGUGAUGAUUUUAAUAUACAUGUUUUGAAGAAUUUAUUUUACUAUUUUGGUUUCAAAAUAAAUUAUCUUAGUAAUUCUUAAU